AUGCAAUCAAAUUUUAGUUGCUGUCUGCUGUCGUUUCGAUUUGGUUAGAUUUGCACAUAGAUGUGAUCUGAUAUUGUGAAGUGUUUAAAGUGAAAUUUUUUUUAAAAAUAAUUUCAAAAGUAACAUAGAAAUCCAAAUCUGAAUAAUAUAUUCUUUUUCAUUAUUUUGUAUGCUGAAAGUGGAAAUUGUACAAGUUCCUUUAAUAGAGGAGAUUUCAAAAUAGAAAAAAAACCAAUUUUAAAAGAAGACACUGAUAUAUUUGAAAACAUACUACUUACUUGAAAAGAAGAUAACAAAAUAGUACACACAAAAUGGUGAACAUAGCAGACAGUGGAGGAAAAAAUAUGCCACAAGAAAUGGAACAGUUUCUUCCCGGCGAUGGACUCAAUUCUGUUACUAAGUACAAAAUACAACCUCGUAAGGAUGCAGAACAAGCACUGGCGGCGCCGGACUUUGAUCCAUUUACAGAACGCAAAAUUGAUCAUCCUACUACGGAUAGUGAAACUCUCACGCACUUAUUGAAGGCUUCUCUUGGAACUGGUAUACUUUCUAUGCCUAUUGCGUUUAUGUACUCUGGUAUUAUUAUGGGUAUUUUCGCUACAAUUUUAACCGCUUUCAUAUGUACACACUGCAGUUAUAUACUAGUGAAAUGUGCUCAUAAGCUUUAUUACAAAACGCGUCGUACAAAAAUGAGCUUUGCAGAAGUCGCUGAAGUAGCCUUCCUGAAUGGUCCAAAAUGGUGCCGUGUUUUUGCACCUGUGGCAAAAUUCUCAAUACUCUUUGGUUUGUUCCUUACUUAUUUUGGUACCUGUUCAGUUUAUACCGUUAUUGUAGCAAAGAACUUUGAACAAGUUAUGGAGCAUUGGCUUGGUUAUCAAAUAUCAUUGCGUCUAUUAAUUUCCGCUUUACUAAUUCCACUUAUUCUACUAUCUUGGGUACCUAAUCUUAAAUACUUAGCACCCGUUUCAAUGAUAGCAAAUGUUUUCAUGGGUCUCGGAUUAGGCAUUACAUUUUAUUAUCUUGUUAUGGACCUACCAUCUAUUGAAACACGAGAAUAUGCGCAUGUUUCGACAUUACCAUCAUUUUUCGCUAUUACAAUAUUCGCAAUGGAGGCUAUUGGAGUAGUUAUGCCACUCGAAAACAAUAUGGAAACACCGCGCAAUUUCUUAGGCAUAUGCGGUGUACUUAGUCAAGGCAUGUCUGGUGUUACACUUAUUUAUAUGUUUCUAGGGUUUUUGGGUUAUUUGCAUUAUGGUGACAAUACAGCGGAAAGUAUAACACUGAACUUACCAGUUCAUGAAUGGCCAGCACAAGCAGUCAAAAUACUCAUCGCUUUGGCCGUAUAUUGUACAUUCGGCUUACAAUUUUACGUUUGUCUUGAAAUUGUUUGGGAUGGAAUCAAGAAUAAAUGCACCAAACGUCCAGUGCUCGUGAAUUAUGUUAUGAGAACCGUUCUCGUUACCGCUGCCGUCGUUCUGGCAGUUUCAGUGCCUACGAUAGCUCCAUUUAUGGGACUUAUUGGUGCCUUCUGUUUUUCUAUACUAGGCCUUAUCUUUCCAGUUUUUAUUGAACUUAUUACUCACUGGGAUACUGGUUUUGGUGCAUUUAAUUGGAUACUCUGGAAAAAUGUUAUUAUUGGUGUAUGUGGAGUUGCUGCAUUGGUUUUUGGCUCAAUGAGCGCACUUAAAGACAUUGUGAAGCUCUACACUACCGAGCCAGAAAGCAGUACAUAGGAAUGAACAUAGUUCAGAGCUCACAGUGCAGAUGUUUAAUA